AUGUCUGUUUUUGACAAUGCAACAAAUCAACCAAUAGAUCUACAUCUUAUAAAAUCAGCCAUAAUUACUUGUUGUCAAUUAUUUCUCUUCUUUGUUCUACAUGUUAUUGGUGUUUGCUUUGGAGCAUCGUAUGUCGAAUCUGAUCGUUUCGAAUAUGCAUCUUAUUCUUUUACAAAUGUUCGUUUAGCUGAACUUAAAACAACUUUAGCUAAUGGUUGUUCUAAUCUUACAGAUCUGCCUUGUUCUCUUCAAAUGAACAUAAAUGGUUAA